GCGGCGGGGGGCGGGGCCUAACGGCGGCGCGGCACGGCCGCGUUGUUCCCGCUGGAGCCGCCGGUUCGAGUCCCGCCGUUGCUCCAUCCCACGCAAGUCCCUGAAAUCCCAAAUCUUGCCACAGCGCGUGGUUGCGUCCUGCUCCCCGCCACGGAACACGGAGCCGGGAGACCCAAGGCCACCCUGGUCCCCUCUGGGGUUGGGGAGACGCCUCUCCGCGUACGUGAGCUACUCCAGGGGGAUGGGAUGGGGCAGGGAAGGAGCCUCCCUUCGCACCAGCCGAGGGAGGGCAGGGGGUACCUCUGGGGCUUCUGCAGGAACACCCCGGGGUGGGUGAGACCCCGCUGCCCUGCCACGUUGUUGUGGUCAAAGGGUAUAAACUACGGGUGCAAAUAAGGUCGCCCGGGAAAGUUUGAGGCUGCUGUAAACCACGGUGCUCAUAAAAUGUUUGUGCCGGCACUGCAGGCGUCUGCGACCAGCAGCCAGCUCUGCUCCCACCAUGCUCAGGAGGAAAUUCCAUGGGUCACCGCCCUGCUGCUCCUGUGUUUGUUAUGUUUGAGAUUUGCUUCCCAACAGGGCUGGAUGUUAUCUCAAGGAGAAGUAAGCAGCAGCGUUGUGGACAGGAGAGGAUGCAGCGCCAUGCAGAAAACCCGCAGGCAGGGGAUGGGCUGGAGGCAGAGCAGGAUGAAGCCCCUCUGCUUGCUCAGCAGCCCUCCUCCUGCACAGGGCUCUGUUCUGCUCGCUGUGGCCUGACCCUGGUCCUGCACGUCUCUCUCUUCGUGGCAUACGCGCUCCGGGUCAGCCUCAGCAUCGCCAUCGUUGCCAUGACUAACAGCAGCCAUCCCCACGGCUGGUCCGGCAGCGUUCCCCACAGCUCCUACCCUGGAUUUGCUCAGGACAUCCCCAGGUACAAUUGGAGUGCUGAGACUCAAGGAAUCGUCCUCAGUUCCUUCUUCUAUGGCUACAGCAUCACACAGGCACUGGGCGGGUACUGCUCAGGGCUGUUUGGAGGGAAACCCGUCCUGGGCAGCGGGCUCCUGCUCUCCUCUGUGCUCACCCUCCUCGUGCCCCGAGCAGCAGAGCUCGGCGUGAGCUUCCUCAUCGGGCUGCAGGUGCUGCUGGGCUUGGCUGAGGGAGUGAUAUUUCCAGCUCAGUACACGCUCUGGGCAAAAUGGGCUCCUCCACUGGAACGCAGCAGGCUCAUGAACAUCGCUGAUGCUGGAUGCACUUUUGGGACUUUCGUUGCUCUCCUUGUGGCUGGGAUCAUCUGUCAGAGUCUGGGGUGGCCUUUUGUCUUCUACAUAUUUGGUGCCGUUGGCUGUGCCUGGUGCCUCUGCUGGUUCCUCCUCGUGUACGAGGACCCUGCACAUCACCCGUGGAUUAGUGCCGGGGAGCAGGAGUACAUCGUGUCGUCGCUGGCUCACCAGGGCAGCUCUCAUGGCCGCUCCCUCCCACUUGUGGCCAUGGCUAAGUCACUGCCUCUUUGGGCGAUCACUGUUGCCUGCUUCUGCACUGACUGGCUGUUCUACAUGCUGCUGACCUCCAUGCCCACGUUCAUGAGCAACGUCCUCCACUUUGACCUCAGAGAGAACGGGCUCCUCUCCUCCAUGCCUUACAUUGGGAAUGGGCUGGGGCACAUCCUGGCUGGGCUUCUGGCUGAUUUCCUCCUGGCCAGGCGAGUGCUUGACACGGCAGCUGUCAGGAAGCUCUUCUCAGCACUCGGGAUGCUGCUCCCAGCCGCCUUCCUGGUGGCUGUACCUUACAUUGGCUGCAGUUCCACGGUUGUUGUUGUGCUUCUAACACUGGCCUUGACAAUAAUCAGCCUGACAGGGGCAGGCAUCAAUAUUAACCACAUCGAUAUAGCACCGAGAUAUGCAGGGUUCCUGCUGGGAAUCACAAAUACCUUUGGCAUAGUUGCAGGAAUUAUCGCUCCUACCGCAGUUGGACUUCUCGUCAGCCAGGAUCCCCAGACUGGCUGGAGGAAUGCCUUCUUCGUAUCUGCAGCCCUCAACCUGUUUGGCCUGAUCUUCUACACAGCCUUUGGCAGCGGAACCAUCCAAGACUGGGCUAGGGAGGACACUGCUAUGCAAUGAGAGCCGCGAACAUGGGAAGGUACACAAGAGACUGGGCUGCAAACGGGCACGGGUCAGGCAGGAGCCCUGUCCACUACCAUGCUCUCCCCUGCGCAGCGAAGCUCAGCCAUGUGCUCCCGCCUGCUCCCAGGGCCCUUGCAGCAUCCUCAGGCGAUGGCUCGAGCUAUGCAGCCCUGGCCGCUCUCUUGACUCUUGAAGUGCCCAGCACCUUCACCCAGCUCUGUCCACCAUCUGAUCCCAAUCUACUCCCCUGGGGAGGCACCAGCCCUUCGACCCAUGUUGCCUGCUGUGCAUUUAACCCUGCCCCUGGGAAGGAAUGCUGCAGGGUGGACAGAUCCUAAACGGAUUCAUAGAGAGCUGGUAAAGCUGGCUGUCAGCUGAGCUCUGUAAGGAGCCUGUGGCUAUUUCCAGCAAAGCUGUUCUUAGGUGAAGUAAAUCAAUAAUGAAGUA